CUCAUCAAUUGACAGUUACCCCUGCUUCCUUUGACUUUUCAGAGCAAUCCAUCCUGAGUAUUUAUUCAUCCAAGUAUCCAUCCAGGUAAUCUUUCAUCCAAGGGAACGACAUCGACUAUUGAUAACUUGACAUGACAAUCAUAUUAUUUAUUUUUAUUCUUUUAACUAUGAUACUAAUCGAACCUCAUUUUAACAAAAUUAACAGUGAUAAAAAUAUUUCAAAUCUGUAACCUUUCUGUAACAAAUUAAAAUGGUUUUAUCUGAAAAACGUUGCCCUGGUUUUGGCUCCAGUCAAAAGCGAUUUGGUAUAAUAACCGUUCAUCCAAGUUUAGACCCUAGUGGUCUUUACACAAUAAGACCGGAUGGCUGUGACCCAUGUCUUUAUCACCCAAAACCAAUUCAUGAAAUUUUUGAAGUCAACAAGAACAAUAAAAGUGAUAAAGACCCGUGGAAAUACAAAACAGAGUUGGAAGAUUGGGCGAAGAAUUUAGGAUAUAGGAAUCAAAAAGCACUGGAACACCGACGGUGGUUCAAUUCAGUGUUAGGUCCAGCGUGGCACGAAGUAACUGAAUUACGUAGGUAUGAAGCUGCGUGUAAAAAUGUAGGAUUCGGAAGAACCGCUCGCUUUGUAUCUUCUAAAAAUAUGUUGCCUGGUCCUGGAACUUAUUAUACAAAUAGUCCAUUCAAAGCUUCACCUUAUGGACCACAUUCUACCAGACCGACAUUCGAGAGGGAGCAACCAUGUCGUUUUAAGGAUACCUCACCCAAGUGGUCUUUAGCACCAAACAGGUACACCAUUAUCGAUAAAGAGAGUAUUGAAUUAAAACCAAAAAAAAUUGUAUCACUCCGUGGUCCUUAUGAUCUAUUUACGGGAAAGCGCGAUGGGAGCACAGUAAAAAAUCAUUUCAAUACAUCAUCGCGAGUCGCAGCGGCGUCAUGGCCCAUUGCUCUAAGUAGUACCCUGGAUAGUUACAAUAAGUCCAACUUUGGCGUGAUGAAUAAAACAAACCGAAGCCACCCACAUAGAGGUCGUAAUAUAUUAGUCGAUUUAUCCAUGUGUCUGCGUAAACCAAAAGACCCAGGGCCGGCAGAUUAUAACAUAGAUAAACAGAAGAUUUUCAAACAAAACAAAUGGGGAUUCAAUAGUAGUUACGACAAGCCCCCUGGAUAUCAACGAGCGGUAGUUUGGCCUGCCGUUGGAAGAUACAACGUGGAAAAUAUUACUUGUGGCAUCCCAGGUCAAGGUCAUCGGCAUGUGUUUCUUAGUACACAGAAAAGGACAAUUGGAGCUGUUUUGCCUGAACCUAUGAAUUCUUUUUGAUAAAAUACCUGCAUUAAAAAGAGCCAAAUUUUCCAGUCAAUCCGCCUCCUCAUUACCGGACAGUCCGAUAUGGGAUGGAAUCCACUCAAACUUUAUUGAAAAUCCCUUAUCUCUACAAUCUCGUAUGAUACUAAGGAUAUGCUAUAGAUAUUCCAAUGCAACCUUUAGUAGGUACAUCUGAUAAUAUGUUGUAAUGCACUUGCUAUCUUGCUUGCUAUAACUGCUUUAUUAACAUCAAUUUCUAAAAUAUA